GCGGUCAUGUGAUUGAGUCAAGAUGGCGUCGCCCAGCUCGUUGUGGCUCUUGGCCGUCGCUCUCCUGCGGGCAUCCUGCGCCGCAACGGCGCUGGGGCAACUCGAUCCGCCGGCGCCGCUGCCGCUGGUGAUCUGGCAUGGGAUGGGAGACAGCUGUUGUAAUCCCUUAAGCAUGGGUGCUAUUAAAAAAAUGGUUGAGAAGAAAAUACCUGGAAUUUAUGUCUUAUCUUUAGAGAUUGGGAAAACUCUGAUGGAGGAUGUGGAGAACAGCUUCUUCUUGAAUGUCAAUUCCCAAGUAACAACAGUGUGUCAGAUUCUUGCUAAGGAUCCUAAAUUGCAGCAAGGCUACAAUGCUAUGGGAUUCUCCCAGGGAGGCCAAUUUCUGAGGGCAGUGGCUCAGAGAUGUCCGUCACCUCCCAUGAUCAAUCUGAUCACGUUUGGGGGGCAACAUCAAGGUAUUUUUGGACUCCCUCAUUGCCCAGGAGAGAGCUCUCACAUCUGUGACUUGAUCAGAAAAACACUGAAUGCUGGGGCUUACACCAAAGCUGUUCAAGAGCGCCUGGUGCAAGCAGAAUACUGGCACGACCCCAUACAGGAGGAUGUGUACCGCAACCACAGCGUCUUCUUGGCAGAUAUUAAUCAGGAGAGAGGUGUCAACGAGUCCUAUAAGAAAAACCUGAUGGCCUUGAAGAAGUUUGUAAUGGUGAAAUUCCUCAAUGAUUCCAUUGUGGACCCUGUGGAUUCUGAGUGGUUUGGAUUUUACAGAAGUGGCCAAGCCAAGGAAACCAUUCCAUUACAGGAGACCACUCUGUACACACAGGACCGCCUGGGGCUAAAAGCAAUGGACAAGGCAGGACAGCUAGUGUUUCUGGCUGUAGAAGGGGACCAUCUUCAACUGUCUGAGGAAUGGUUUUAUGCCCACAUCAUACCCUUCCUUGAAUGAAACCUUUGCAGUUUGCACCAGAGCUCAGGGAGCCCCUAUGGUUCCAAAUCAGUGGAAGAUAGUUCCUUUCAUGCCCAAGCCUGAGCUCAGACCCAGCUUGUAACUAAUCCUCCUCUCUAGUCAUCAUCUAACAUGCCCUGCUCGGAAAGAUCUAA